AUGGAAAAGGACUUGAGCACGCUUAAGCCCGACGCGGCGGCAGAUCACCACGCUAUCACGCCCACUACGCGCUCCUCCUUGUCUGACCCCGCCGAGAUCGACAAGACGACCCUUGUCAGCCGCUUCAACCGCUCCAUCUCUUACUCCAAAGCACGAGGCGACGGCAAAAUCGAGCUCAAGGAGACAGAUUGCUAUGAAGUUACGGGUUACAGCUACGCGACAUGGAAGAAGUGGUGGAUUCUCUCCGUCGUGUUUGCCGUUCAGGUCUCCAUGAACCUGAACGCGAGUCUGUACUCGAAUGCAGUCUCAGGCAUUGAAGAGCGCUUCAGCGUCUCCAACGCUGCCGCGCGCGUUGGCCAGAUGAUUUUCCUUGUCGCUUACGCGUUCGGAUGUGAGCUCUGGGCACCAUGGUCCGAAGAGUACGGCCGUUGGCCCAUCAUGCAGCUCUCGUUGCUCUUCGUGAAUAUCUGGGCUAUCCCUUGCGCCGUUGCGCAAAACUACGGGACUAUCAUCGUCUCGCGCUUCUUCGGCGGUAUCUGCAGCGCCGGUGGUGGUGUCACCCUUGGUGUCGUCGCUGACUUGUUUGAGCCUGAGAACCAGCAAUGGGCUGUUGCGUUUGUUGUGCUUUCGUCCGUCGGCGGUUCUGCAGUCGGUCCUAUCAUCGGUGGCUUCAUCGAACACAACCUCGACUGGAGGUGGAACUUCUGGAUUCAGCUCAUCAUCGGCGGUUCCGUGCAGAUCGCCCACUUCUUUACCCCUGAGACGCGCUCGUCGGUCCUUGUCACCCGUGAGGCUAAGCGCCGCCGCAAGGAGGGCGAGACGCUUCUAUACAGCUCCAAGGAACUCGAGGGCAGCGUUCUCAGCGUGAAGUUCGUUCUGACGACAUGGGCACGCCCCUUCGUGAUGUUCGUUACCGAGCCUAUCGUGCUCUGCCUAUCGUUGCUCAGCGGUUUCUCGGAUGCGUUGAUCUUCAUCUUCUUGGAGGGCUUCGGACCCGUGUUCGCGCAGUGGGGCUUCAACGACAUCACCACUGGCCUCGCCUUUGUCCCGAUCAUGAUCGGCUACUUCCUGGCUUACUUCAUGUUCCUCGUUGUCAUCUGGCGCGACAUCCGGGUCAAGCGUGCCCACCCCGAGAAGUUCACCCCCGAGUCCCGCCUCUGGUUCUUACUGUUCACUGCGCCUCUUGAGCCGAUUGGUCUCUUCGGCUUCGCAUGGACAAGCCAAGGCCCUCCCACGACCCACUGGAUUGCACCCAUGAUCUUCUCCUCGCUCAUCGGUAUCGCCAACUACGCGAUCUACAUGGCCACCAUCGACUACAUGGUUGCCGCAUACGGCCCUUACGCGUCAUCAGCAACAGGUGGUAACGGCUUUGCCCGUGACUUCCUUGCUGGUAUCGCCGCGAUGUACGCGACCCCGAUGUACACCAACAUUCCCGGCAAGCCGCUCGAGUACGCCUCGACGAUCCUCGCUUGCAUCGGUGUGCUCGUCUGCAUCCCCGUUUACGUCUUCUACUUCAACGGCCCGUACUUCCGCGAGCGCUCCAAGUUCGCGUUAUCGCUCGCGGCCGAGCGCGAAGAGCACAAGCACAUCGUCGAAGAGGUUCAGCGCAAGGCCACACGCGGCGAUGUCGAGCAGAUCGAGGACAUUAGGGAGAAGGCAUGA